AUGUCUUCCCCGCCCGUCAUCGUCGAUGACGAGAAAACUCACCCCAAGGAGCCUGCCGUGAACAGCCAGGUCGGCAGCUUCGACGGCUCUCACGAUGAGGAGGUCGGCGCUGUCCACAAGGGCGAGACCCUCCAGCGAAACCUCAAGAACCGACACAUGCAGAUGAUUGCCAUUGGCGGUGCAAUUGGUGCCGGUCUCUUCGUCGGAUCCGGCGGUGCUCUCCGUGCCGGUGGCCCGGCUGCUCUGAUCAUUGGCUACCUGAUAGUUGCGAUCAUGUUGUUGUUCACGACCCAAGCUCUCGCUGAAAUGGCCGUCCUGUACCCUGUGAACGGUGCCUUCUACACCUACGUCUGCCGAUUCGUCGAUCCCUCCUGGGGCUUCGCCAUGGGCUGGGACUACGCCAUCGCCUGGUUGACCAUCCUCCCCUUUGAACUCGUCGCCGCUAGUAUCACCAUCAAGUUCUGGAGAGACGACCUCAACAUGGGCAUCUGGGUCGCCGUCUUCCUCAUUGUCCUCUCCGUCAUCCAGGUCUUUGGCGUCCGAGGUUACGGAGAGGUCGAGUUCAUCCUCUCCAUCAUCAAGAUUAUCGCCUGCACGGGCUUCAUCAUCCUCGGCAUCGUCAUCAACUGUGGUGGCGUCGGCGACAGGGGCUACCUCGGUGCCAAGUACUGGCACGACCCGGGUGCCUUCCAGAACGGCUUCAACGGCUUCGCCGGUGUCUUUGUCGUGGCGGCCUUCGCUUUUGGCGGCACGGAGCUCGUCGGCCUCGCCGCCGCCGAGUCGGCCAACCCUCGCAAGGCCAUUCCCCAAGCCAGCAAGCAGGUCUUUUUCCGCAUUGCCUUCUUCUACAUUGUCAACCUCUUCAUCCUCGGCCUCAUCGUCCCCGCCAAUGACCCUCGUCUCUUGGGCUCCUCGGGCGCCAACACCAAGGCCUCCCCCUUCGUCCUCGCUAUCCAGGACGCCGGCAUCAAGGUCUUGCCCUCCAUCUUCAACGCCGUCAUCACCAUCUCCGUCAUCUCCGUCGCCAACAGCUGCACCUUCGGCUCCACCCGCACCAUGCAGGCCAUGGCCGAGCAUGGCAUGGCCCCGCGCAUCCUGGCCUAUGUCGACAAGCACGGCCGCCCCAUCUGGUGCGUCCUGAUCCAGCUCGCCUUUGGUCUGCUCGCCUUCAUCGGCGAGUCUGCCGACAGCGGCACCGUCUUCAACUGGCUCCUUGCCCUGUCCGGUCUUUCGUACUUCUUCGUCUGGGGCUCCAUCUGCCUGUCACACAUCCGCAUGCGCAUGGCCUGGAAGCUGCAGGGCUACACGCUCGAACAGAUCCCCUACAAGGUACCCCUGGGCAUCUGGGGCAGCGCCAUCGGCUUCUUCCUCAACUGUGUCUGCCUCAUCGCCACCUUCUACAACGCUCUCUACCCCAGCCCCAGCGCGACGCCCGACCCUGCGGCCUUCUUCCAGGCCUACCUCGCCGCCCCCAUCGUCUUGUUCCUCUACCUUCUGUGGAAGGUCAUCUCCCGCGACUGGACCCUCUACGUGCCCCUCCGCGAGAUCGACCUCAAGACGGGCGUCGUCUUGGCCGACCCCAGCGACGAGCCCGAGCCCACGAAGACCUGGGCCAGCCUCCCUCGCCGCUUGCUUGGCGGCCUGUUUUAG